UUCUUGCUGUCGGGUCGCGCUCCCAGGUGUUGCAGAGGGUUCUUUAGGCCAGCAGUGAAAAUUAGCGUCUGGGGUUAGUCUUGGGGCGGAGGUUGGGACAGGCGUUAGCGGACCCUGCCGUCUUUGCUCUUGCUCGCCCACCUUUCUAACACCGAAUACAAACCCGACCGGCGGCGUCGCGGGCGUGACGUCAUCGCGAGGCGUCGAGAGAGUCCAGCAGAGGAAGCCUUGACCUCUCUAAGCGUGGGGAGCUGCGCUACAAUGCUGCAGCUAGUCCGGGCAGGGGCGCGGGCCUGGCUUCGGCCCAAGGGCUGCCGGGGCCUAAAGGCGCUGGCAGAAGAGGCAGUGCAGCCGGCGGAGAAACCAGAACCGGUGGCGAGCGCGGGUCAUCGGGUGCCCGUGCUGCGCAGGUGCGAGCUCCCGGUACUCGCGCACCGGCGUCCUGUGCAGGCCUGGGUCGAGUCCCUGCGGGGCUACGAGCAGGAGCGCUUGGGUCUGACCGAGCUGCACCCAGACGUUUUCUCCGCGACGCCCAGGCUGGAUAUCCUGCACCAGGUUACCAUCUGGCAGAAGAACUUCAAGAGAAUUAGCUAUGCCAAGACCAAAACCAGGGCCGAGGUGCGGGGCGGUGGCCGGAAGCCCUGGCCACAGAAAGGCAGUGGGCGUGCCAGGCAUGGCAGCAUCCGCUCCCCAAUCUGGCGAGGAGGAGGCAUUGCCCAUGGCCCCCGGGGCCCCACGAGCUACUACUACAUGUUGCCCAUGAAAGUGCGGGUGCAGGGCCUCAAGGUGGCGCUGACGGUCAAGCUGGCCCAGGACGACCUGCACAUCGUGGACUCCCUGGAGCUGCCGACCGCAGACCCCCAGUACCUGAUGGAGCUGGCCCGCUACCGCCGCUGGGGCGACUCCGUUCUCCUCGUGGACUUGGAACACGAGGACAUGCCCCAGAACGUUGUGGCAGCUGCCUCUGGGUUGAAGACCUUCAGCCUGGUCCCUGCUAUUGGCCUGAACGUGCACAGCAUGCUCAAGCACCAGACGCUGGUCCUGACCCUGCCGACCGUCGCCUUGCUGGAGGAGAAGCUGCUCUGGCACGACUCGCGCCACACGCCCCUCUACCCCUUCCGCCUGCCCUACCGCGAUUUCCCCUGAGCCCCACGCGGCACCCCCAGGGCCCAUCGGCCACCCUCCUUC